AUGGCAGACACCGGUAAUCAUGAUGAGUUGAUCUCUCAAUUUUGCGCAAUCACCAAUGCUUCCCCAUCAGAGGCUGAACAAUUUCUCUCCGCAAAUCAAUGGGACUAUGCAUCAGCUAUGACAGAAUUCUUCACGGCCCAAGAAGAAGGAAAUACAGGAGCCUCAGAAACAGUCGGUAGCAGCGAUCAAACUGAAACUCCCUCGCCGUAUACUGGACCCCGAACACUCGAUGGCAGACCCGCUCCCGAUAAUGGCAAGAAACCUGCAAAACCAGCUACCACAGCCGGGAGAGCUGGAGGACGUGGGGGCAUCGCAACUCUUGGCUCUCUAAAUCAAGGAUCUUCGAGCCAGGGGGAUCGUAUGAACGAUGCCGAUGACAGUGAUCCAGAUUAUGAGCCAGAUGAACAACCAAGAGACUUGUUCGCUGGCGGUGAAAAGUCAGGAUUAGCUGUCCAAGAUCCCUCGAGAAAACCUGAUGCGAGAAAGAUUGUUGGUGAUAUUCUUAAGCAAGCUAAAGCAAAUUCUUCAAGGGAGACUGGAGAGCCAUCGGCGCCAGCCGCAGCCGCACCAUCUCGAUUCCGUGGCAGUGGCCAAACUCUCGGCGGCGAUGAUGCUCCUUCUCAAGUAGUUCCCGACCCUCAUCCUCCUGCAGCUUCUUCCGAGCUUGUGACUAGAAUUCUACACCUUUGGGAGGAUGGUUUCAGUGUUGAAGAUGGGCCACUUCGUCGAUUCGAUGACCCGGCAAACGCGCAAGACCUCCAGGCAAUACAGAGUGGUCGUGCUCCUCUGCACUUGAUGAAUGUCAGGCAUCUCCAACCAGUUGAUGUUCAAUUGCACAAACAUGAUGGACCUUACAAAGCUCCCCCCAAGGUCUACAAGCCUUUUGGAGGCUCAGGCCAGAGACUUGGCAGCCCUACACCGGGCGGCUCCAGCACUCCACCGGCAUCCGCCCCAGCGCCUGCAACUACUACCGCCUUGACAGCAACCCCAGAAGUUCAAGUCGAUGAAUCACAACCAACACUCACCCUUAGACUUCAGUUGGCAAAUGGAACUCGUCUUCCAGCUCGAUUCAACACUACGCAAACUGUAGGCGAUGUAUAUGACUUCAUUGCAAGAGCAAAUGCCGAUAGCAAUGGGCGAGCUUGGGUACUUGCAACCACUUUCCCAAACAAAGAGCAUACCGAGAAGAGUCAAGUCUUGGGUGAAAUGCCUGAAUUUAAGAGAGGCGGUACAGCCGUGCAAAAAUGGGUUUAG